CAGACAAUCUUGUGUGUGUUGAUUGACAUGGCAAAGCCUCCGACCGGAAAACUGAGCCUCUUCAACCUAUAUGUCGCACUGUCACGUAAGAUGUUCCACGAACCUCAUGAUGAACAAUUGCUGAUGGAAGAUGAAAGACUGGCUAAACUGGACCGAGAAACGACGGAGUGGUGG